AUGUUGUCGCAGGACAGUAAUAACAACGCUGAAGAUGUCUCACUGUUUGAUGCAGAAGAGGAGACAACCAGCAGACCAAGAAAAUCCAAAACCAGACACCCCGUGGCUUCCUUCUUGCACCUCUUCUUCCGAGUCAGCGCGGUGGUGGUCUAUCUCCUCUGCGAGCUGCUCAGCAGCAGCUUUAUUGCCUGCAUGGUGACAAUCAUCCUGCUGCUGUCAUGUGACUUUUGGGCAGUGAAGAAUGUCACCGGUAGACUAAUGGUUGACCUACGUUGGUGGAACAACAAGGAUGGAAAGAGCCACUGGGUGUUUGAGUUCAGAAAGUCAACUCCUCAAGACAACAAAACCAUUUCUGAGGCCGAGUCGAGAAUUUUUUGGUUAGGACCCAUCGCCUACCCAGUCCUGUGGAUGAUCUUUGCCUUCAGUGCCCUCUUUUCCUUCAGAGUGAAGUGGCUGGCUGUGGUGAUCAUGGGUGUGGUGCUGCAAGGUGCCAACCUACCUGGUUAUAUCUGGUGUAAAGUGGGCAGCAAGAAGAACUUAACCAGCAUGGUCAGACUUCAUGAGUAA